AUGGCUUCAAAUCUGGCGCUUCGCCGCGCCAGUGCGGCCCUCAAGGCCCGCACCACCGCUGUCGAACCGCUCAUCUAUAGAAGAUACGCCUCCACUGCGACCUCGAGCCUCCCUAACCAGCUGAAAGAUGCAAUCAACAAGGAGGCUUCUCUCCCGGCCGCAGACCCUGCUAGUGACUCACAAACAGCUGCUCUCGUUGGAGAUCAAUUGCCUUACAUGGUGCCGACAUAUGUUCGUCCCAUGCCAAUGUUCUCCAAGGGCGAGGGAUGCUACAUGUGGGACAUUGAGAACCGCAAAUAUCUCGACUUCACCUCCGGUAUUGCAGUGAACGCGCUCGGCCAUGCCGACCCCGAGAUGGUGGAAGUGCUUGCGGACCAGGCCAAAACCCUCAUUCAUACCUCCAACCUCUACCACAACCAAUGGACCGGUGCCCUCUCGAAGCUUCUUGUCGAAAAGACCGUCGCAGCAGGAUGCAUGCACACAGCCUCAAAAGUCUUCGUCUGCAACUCUGGCUCCGAAGCCAACGAAGCGGCGAUUAAAUUCGCCCGCAAGGUCGGCAAGAUCCUCGAACCUUCAGGAUCCAAGAGCGACAUUGUCUCCUUCCAUAACUGCUUCCACGGCCGUACCAUGGGCUCUCUCUCCGCCACGCCGAACCCGAAAUAUCAAAAGCCAUUCUCCCCCAUGGUCCCCGGCUUCCGUUAUGGCAAUCUGAAUGACGAGGCUGCUCUGAACGAGCUCGUCAACGAGAAUACUUGUGGUGUCAUUAUCGAGCCUAUUCAGGGCGAGGGUGGAGUCAACGAGGCGACCGAGUCCUUCCUUGUUGCUCUUCGCAACCGCUGCAACGAGGUCGGCGCUGUGCUCAUCUACGACGAGAUCCAGUGCGGUCUGUCCCGAACCGGUACCCUCUGGGCUCACGGAGCUCUUCCCGAGUCUGCUCAUCCUGACAUUCUCACCACUGCCAAGGCUCUUGGCAACGGUUUCCCCAUUGGUGCUACUAUCGUCAACGAAGCGGUCGCCUCGAAGAUUGUCACUGGAGACCACGGUACGACAUUUGGCGGUAACCCUCUUGCUUGCCGUCUCGCGCACUACAUCAUUUCCCGCCUGUCCGAUCCCUCGCUGCAGCAGUCUGUGCUUGCCAAGGAACAGAUCUUCCGCAAACACUUUGCCGCGCUCAAGGAGCGGUUCCCCGACAUCAUCCAGGAAGUCCGUGGCCGCGGUCUCCUGCUCGGUUUGCAGCUCUCGCAAGACCCGACCCCGCUCAUCACGGCUGCGCGUGAGCGUGGUUUGCUGAUCAUCACUUGCGGCAGUAACACUCUUCGUUUCGUGCCCCCUCUUGUCAUCUCCGAAGAGGAAAUUGCCGAGGGCAUGACCAUUUUGGCGGAUGCAAUGCAAGCCGUCUUUGCCAAAUAA